AUGUGGAAGAGGACCUGGGAGUUGCUCGUGCAGGCGCCCGACCUGGAGGAAGCUGGCGUAGAAGAAGGAGAAGAGCAAGCACUACACAAGCGAAAAAAUGGAGACGCAGCGGGAGCAGAGGCAGAGCCGUUCCCGCUGUUGGAGCUGCCUAUUGAGCUCAUCCUUGCCGUGUUCGAGUACCUGACCGUCCCCGCCCUAAACGCUGUGCGGGCCGCCGGGUGCCGGCUGCUGACCGCCGUCGCCAACGAUCCCUCGCUCUGGCGCGCCUUCUACAACCGCCACCGCCGGUACGCUGCGCACAGCGCGGUGGGGUCGAUGGUGCACGUCGGGGAAGCCGAAGAGGAAGGCGACGAUGGCGGCUGCUGGCGUGGCAGCCCGGGCAUCGAUCGGGCCGACGUGAAGCGCUUCGGGUGGCGGCAACUGGCGAUCACGCUCAUGAAGAGGCGCUGCUUCCAGUGCGGCGCCCAGCCCAGCUUCGUGGUGUUCCUGGACAACACGCGCAAGUGCCAGAAGUGCAUCAGCACCGAGAAGCUGCGGCGCGAAGUCGAAGAGACCAAGCGCUGGGAGCUGAAGCAUCAACAACCCCAACAAAGCGAAGACGAAGACAAGGGCAACGAACAUGAAGACAACGUAGAGCAGCAGGCCAAGCGGAUGAAGACUACGCUGUGUACCGAGGAGUCGAAGCAGAAACGCAGGGCCGUCAAGGUGUCGCGGCGACUGACCCGGCUGGGCGCUCUGCUGGGCGAAGCAGGCAAGCAUGCUGAUGCCGAAACCUUGUUGCUGGAGGUGCUCACGCGCGACAUCGCCUUGCAUGGGGAGAGCUCGCUGGUGGUGGCCAACGACUACCACAACCUGGCGCACCUCUGCAAACUGAGAUCCAACACGUUCGUCUACGUGCGCGACGAAAAGAUCAAGAUCUGCCGGCGCGGGAUGGACUACAUCGCGGAGGCGGUCCGCGUGUACGAGAAGUACCUGGCCGAGACCGUCGUCCGCCGCCGCCGUCGCAUGCCGGCCGAAGAGAGCAACGAGCUCCUGCUCCGCAUCGGCGACUGCCUGUGCAUGCUGGCCGGCUACCUGUGCACCACCUCCACCCACCUCACCUUUGCCCACAAGCUCGAAGCCGAACAGAGCGCCCUGCGCUUCCUGGAGAAAGCAAUGGCGGUCUACGUCAAGAUGGGCGAUGAACGAGGGCUGGCCGAGGCCUACCGCAUCUCUGCGGGCAUAUUCGCAGACACGCACCACCAGGACAAGGCCAAGGCGAUCGAUUACCUGCAGCGAUCGCUGGCGCUGGUAGACAAGAUCUUCGGCCGCGAGAGCGUCCAGGCCGCCGACAUCAUGCAGAAAUUCGGAUACAUGUAUUGGAACUGGGACAGGGAGUCGGUCCCAGGGUUGGAGAAGUCGCUGGAGUGGCACCAGAAGGAGCUGGAAAUACGCGGCAAGGUCAUGGGACUCACGCACCCCAUCACCAAGCGGACCCGCGAGGACGUCUACAUCAUACUCGACCGCCUCGGCCGACUACCGACUUGCCUCCUGAAGAAGGCGAACAUGUAG